AUGCUGGAUAUGGAAAGAGUCAGUGAGCUCAAGAGACUUCCUAGUAAAUCUCACUUACCAAGAAGACAAUACCUAGACUUUGAAAACAGAGAGACUCAUGCCAAUGGUAUGCGUUUGGAGUCUCUAAGGGAACGAGCCGCUCGAUACAACAACACAGGAAGAUCAUCAGCGAAUCCUCCUCCAGCUACGACGUUGGGGAGAGAGCUAAGCCAAGUCCUGAAUGUUCACAGAGAAGAAGAUACGAUAAUGGAACAAGACGAGUUUCAGGAGUUUGAGCCAUCUGUUAGAACGAUGAAGGCGAAGUAUCCAUUGCUGGAGAUUGAAGCUGUUGGUGGUGAUGAUGAUUUGACUUGUAAAGGAAGCAAUGACAUGUCUGAGGAAGCUGGCUCUAGCUCCUUCCGUGGUGUUAGUCAUCCUCCUGAGCCUGACGACAUGGAUCUCAUCACUACUGUUUACGUUCCCAUCAGCGAGACCAAAGGACCUUAUCUCGAAGAACUCUCUCUCUGCGUGCCUCCCAAGAAGACACUCUCACCUUCAGAGAGCUUACUUGAGGAGUCUGCUAUAGCUCGUGCGUCUCAGAACACAGAGAGCUCUCUGCAACCGUUAGAUUCGGAUAAGGAAUGUGUGUGGGAUGCUUCUCUGCCUCCUAGCACCAACGUGAGUCCGCACAGCAGCAGCGUGGAAAGCAUGAACUUCGCGCGAGCUAUGAGUAUCGCUAACAGCUCAUCCGCGACUUCUUCCACGCAGAGGAGCGAUGUUGUGCUAAGCAUGGAUAAGAACUACAGUAUGGUGUUGGACUCGUUCGAGAGCGCCAAGACGAGUGCAAGCAGAGCGAGUGACAGCAGCGGCCUAAGCGAAGAGAGCAGCUGGAGUAACUUCACUGGAAGUCUUAACAAGCCGCACAAAGGGAACGAUCCGAGGUGGAAUGCGAUCUUGGCUAUAAGGACUCGAGAUGGGAUCUUGGGGAUGAGUCAUUUCAAGUUGCUGAAACGGUUAGGUUGUGGCGAUAUUGGGAGUGUGUAUCUAGCUGAGCUGAGUGGGACUCGUUGCCAUUUCGCUGUGAAAGUGAUGGACAAAGCUUCGCUUGAGAACCGGAAGAAGCUUAACCGAGCUCAGACUGAGAGAGAGAUUCUUCAGCUGUUGGACCAUCCGUUUCUGCCGACGCUGUACACUCAUUUCGAGACUGAUAGGUUCUCUUGCUUGGUUAUGGAGUAUUGUCCUGGAGGUGAUCUUCAUACGUUAAGGCAACGCCAACCUGGGAAGCAUUUCUCCGAGUACGCUGCUCGGUUUUACGCAGCGGAGGUGUUGUUAGCGCUUGAGUAUCUGCACAUGUUAGGUGUUGUGUACAGAGACUUGAAGCCUGAGAACGUUCUUGUUAGAGACGACGGUCACAUAAUGCUAUCGGACUUUGAUCUUUCUUUGAGGUGUGCGGUUUCUCCGACGCUGAUCAAAACGUUCGACUCUGAUCCAUCAAGACGCGGUGGUGCGUUCUGUGUGCAGCCUGCUUGUAUGGAGCCUACGUCAGCUUGCAGCAUCAUCCAACCGUCGUGCUUCUUGCCACGGAGCAUGUUCGGUAACAAGAGCAAGAAGAACAACAAGACGCGUAAGACGCAGACGGAUUUCUUCAGGUCGCAUUCUGGUUCUCUCCCGGAGUUGGUCGCUGAGCCUAACACGAGGUCGAUGUCGUUUGUUGGGACGCAUGAGUACUUGGCUCCGGAGAUUAUUAAAGGAGAAGGACACGGAAGCGCGGUUGAUUGGUGGACGUUUGGGAUCUUCGUGCACGAGCUUCUUUAUGGGAAGACGCCGUUUAAAGGAUCAGGAAACAGAGCUACUCUGUUUAAUGUAGUCGGCGAGCAGUUGAAGUUUCCUGAGUCGCCGGCGACUAGCUACGCAGGGAGGGAUUUGGUUCAGGCUUUGCUUGUGAAGGAUCCGAAGAACAGGUUAGGGACGAAGAGAGGAGCGACGGAGAUAAAGCAGCAUCCGUUCUUUGAAGGUGUGAAUUGGGCGUUGAUAAGGUGUAGUACUCCUCCUGAAGUGCCGAGGCAGAUGGAGACCGAACCGCCUCCGAAGUAUGGACCGAUUGAUCCGGUUGGGUUUGGUAGUAACAGUAAAAGGAUGAUGAUGCCACCACCAGUGUCAUCAGCAGCUGCAGGAGCAGGAGCAGAUGGUAAGUCUGGUGGUAAAUUUCUAGACUUUGAGUUUUUCUAA